CCUUCUUGGGCGGACAUUUUGUUUGCUUUGUGGAUUAAUCCACCACAUCGGUCUCCCGGACGCAGUGUCAUACCAGAGUUGACACAAGAGGGGAGCGCGAGAAGAGGCUGUUCUCCCCUGAACAAAGGCGGGCCUGAGGAUCUGCUGUGGUGCCACUUGGGUGACCCGGCCGCCGUAUCUCGGCUCCUCGCACUGUUCUCCCGCCAAUUAUCCUCUCUCCUCCCUUCCCCUCACCCCCCACUCCCGCCUUCCCUAGUUCACAGGUUCGGGUGGCGGAGGCCGCACUGAUGGACGCGGCGCAGGCUCCCAUGAACUCAGAAGUAAUCAUGGACUCUGUACAGGUGAAGGGAAGGUGUCCGUGCUCGCAAAUAUCCCAUCCCAACCCCACCCACAUGGUCUCCACGAUUGUGGUGUCAUAGAAUACUUUACUUGUAUUGUCUCAGCUCUUGAGUCUAAAGACCCUGGAGAAACCUCAAACCCAGGGUUCUGAGUCCCAGCCAGGGGUUAUAUGGAAGGGUUCCCCCUUCUGGUAACCAUUGGAAUAAGGUGUGGAAGGUUGUUCCAGGCACAGGAACCGACAUGUGCAGAUACUUGGAGUUGAGACUGAGAUGUGAGUUUUCACAAAACUGCAGGUCUCUACCAUGUCUGGUAGGAAUUGAGCAGAAGUCAGGCCUGAAAUGCCCAACUGAUGAGGCUCCCGCUGGAUGCCAAGUGGAGAACAGACUGUGGUGAGGAUUGAGGGAGUUACAGUGGAGACCAGGGAGGAGGUUGCUUUCAUAUUCUAGGGGCAGGUGACCUUUGAGGACGUGGCCGUGUACUUCUCCCAGGAGGAAUGGAGGCUCCUUGAGGAUACCCAGAGGCUCCUGUACCGUGAUGUGAUGCUGGAGAACUUUGCACUUACAGCCUCACUGGGAUAUGCAUCUUCCAUGUCCCAUGGGGUUGCCCCCCUGGAGCUGGAUGGCAAACCCUGGGUACCUGACUGGGUGGACGUGAUUCCAGCCAUGACUAGAGAAGCUCAGGGUGGGUGUGUCCCUGGUGAGUGGGAGCCAGGGAAAGGUGUCAUGUCGGGGUUGAGUCCCAAUCAUUCUCUAACCUCUGUGCCCCAAGUUGUUUUAGUGCCAAGGCCACUGGCCACACUUCAUUUCUGUCUUUACUUUCCCAUUCACACACUUGUUUUUUAUGCUCUGAUCUUUGGCCUCUGGCUGUUCCCCACCUCUACCUCUACAUCUCACCUGUUCCUCUCCCCUGCUUCUGCAGUGUUCCACUGUUGGCAUAUACUUAAUGUGUCAAGAGAUGUGCAUGGACUCCAAAUAGCCCUUAAGUACCAGCGAUUCAGUUGUUCCUCUUCAGGGGACACACCCAUCUGCACAAUUGUCAGCAGCCAAGGCCUUGAUGAAAUUCAUUUGUGGUUUACUUCAUUAGAAACCCGGCUUUACUGGGCUGUACCCCACAUUUGUGUUCUCGCUCAGUCAAAGCCAUUCCCUUCUGUGACCUUUAGAUGCCACCUGCUGUAUAGCAGCCCUUUACUCAACUUGAGCUUGGGCCUCUUGUCUUGGCAACAUUCCUAUGAUCUUGCAUUUAGUUCUGUUAGACACACAUUUGCAAUGAGACUGCCAUCUCCCACCAAUGUCAAUUUGUGCUUCACUAGCAUUUGUCUGCUUUUAGGUUGCUGGCAUGGAAUGGAGAAUGAGGAGAUACCUUUUGAGCAGUGGGUUUCUAUAAAAGGAGUGUCACAGGUCAGGACUCCCAAGUCAGGCCCUUCUACCCAGAAAGCCCAUCUCUGUGAGACAUGUGGCUUGGUCUUAAAAGAUAUUUUGUACUUGGCUGAGCACCAAGAAACACACCCUGGGCAGAAACCAUACACAUGUGAGGGAUGUGGGAAACAGGUCUGGCUCAAUGCAAACCUUCACCACCAGAAGCAGCAUGAUGGAGAGAAACCCUUCACAGGGGACGAGGGCCAGGACUGUCUUGUGAACAGCUGCCCUGUCCAACCAUUGGAAAUGCCCAUUAGGACUGCGGAAGGUUGUAAGUACUUCCCAACUAGCACAAGCGUUUUCCAGCACCAGGCCCCUCACAGUAAGUGGAAGCCACACAGUGACACCAAGUGUGUGGAGGCUCUUCACAGUGGACAGAGGCAUUACAAGUGCAGUGAGUGUGGGAAGGCCUUCAACCGCAAAGACUCACUUAUCCAGCACCAGAGAGUGCACACAGGAGAGCGGCCGUAUGAGUGCAGCGAGUGUGGAAAAUCCUUCAGCCGCAAGCCCAUACUUGCUCAGCACCAGAGAAUCCACACUGGAGAAAUGCCCUAUGAGUGCAACAUAUGUGGGAAAGUUUUUAAUCACAGCUCCAACCUUAUAGUACACCAGAGAGUCCACACGGGAGCAAGGCCUUACAAAUGCAGUGAAUGUGGGAAAGCCUACAGCCACAAAUCCACACUUGUUCAGCAUGAGAGUAUUCACACCGGAGAGAGGCCUUUUGAGUGCAGCGAAUGUGGGAAAUACUUUGGUCACAAAUACAGACUCAUUAAACAUUGGAGCGUUCACACUGGGGCAAGGCCUUAUGAGUGCAUUGCAUGUGGGAAGUUCUUUAGCCAAAGCUCUGACCUUAUUGCACACCAGAGGGUUCACAAUGGUGAAAAGCCCUAUGUGUGCAGCGAGUGUGGGAAAGCCUUUAGCCACAAACAUGUGCUUGUCCAGCACCACAGAAUCCACACUGGAGAAAGGCCAUACAAAUGCAGCGAGUGUGGGAAGGCCUUCAGGCAGAGAGCUUCCCUUAUCCGACACUGGAAAGUUCACAUGAGAAAGGCCUUAGGAUAGUGGAGAAUAUGCCGUCUCCUUGUUCACCACAAUGAGUGAUGCCAGAGAGAAGCUUUGAGUCAGCUUCAAGAGUAACCAUCAGCCCGAAGUUGAACCUCAUCUAUUUGGACGCCCAACCACGGGAGAUUCUUCUGAGGGCCAGCUACAUGGGAAGCUUUCUGGAGCAGCGUUGUACUUUGUCACCUGCCCAGGACUUUUGCCAGAGUUCUGUCACUGCCAGUGUCUCUGAAGCCAUCCAUCUGUGUAAUGGCAGGAUCCCACAUUGUGCAUAAGUCACCCAACAUACUUUGACAAGAAGACCUCUGCUGUUUCUUCCUUCCCCAGAGGGAGUCCUCAGCAUUCUGAGCCCAUUGAAGAUCCUCACUCCUUCCUUCCCCACUUCCAGAUGGUUUAAGGGUACACAUGCCCCAGUUUGGACCAGAAGGAUGCAAGCUUUGUUUUGCUGGUCGCUUGUAAAGAAGGUUUCCAGUUUCCAUGGACUUUGUUGGUCUCACAUGGCACUUGUGAUGGAUUUGUCCAGCCUCCAAGUCACCUAACUUGGGAAUUGCCAGCCUUAACAUUCUGGUUUUGAAACAAAUACCUUAGUUUUUAAACUACCUUUAAUCUUGGGAGGUUCUGUUCAUUUUGUGAGUUGGGAUGAGAACAGAAAAGGGCUCUGCCAGCAUGAAGGGAUAGUUUUUCUGAGAGCUCCAGCUUAUUUCUCAGUCAUUUAAGCAGAACUGCAAACAAACUACCGUGUUUCCCCGAAAAUAAGACCUAGCCGGACCAUCAGUUCUAAUGCGUCUU